AUGGAUCUCAUCCACCGUGACUCUCCCAACUCUCCCUUCUACAAUGCUUCAGAAACUCAUUCGCAGCACGUAGCCAAGGCCUUGCACUGUUCCAUUAACCGUCUCAAUCGUUUUAAGCCAACUUCUUCAGUCCCUCCCAAUUCACUCCAAGCAGAUUUUAUCUCAGAUUCCGGCGAAUACCUCUUGAACUACUCCAUUGGGUGUGGACACAAUAAUAAUGACACUGGUGAAAGCAAAGCAUCUACUGGCAUUGUUGGCCUUGGAGGCGACAAGGCUUCCCUUGUGUCCCAGUUGCAUUCUUCAAUUGGUGGGAAGUUCUCAUACUGCUUGGUGCCAUCUAUUUAUCCCCAAGACAAUACCUCAAGCAGAUUGAGUUUUGGUAGUCAUGCGGUGGUUUCGGGUUUUGGAACCGUGUCGACUCCCUUAGAAUACGAACGAUCAGACACCUUCUACAACCUAACACUCGAAGCAAUGAGUGUUGGCAGCAAAAGAUUGUAG